AUGGUGGCGUCCGUGCUGGAGGCAUCUCACGUCUUUUGCUGCCCCAACCGGGUGCGGGGAGCCCUGAGCUGGAACUCCGGGCCCGGAGGACUCCUCGCCUUCGGCACGUCCUGCUCCGUGGUGCUCUACGACCCGCGGGAAAGGGUUGUCGUUACCAACCUGAAUGGUCACACCGCUCGAGUCAAUUGUGUACAGUGGAUUUGUAAACAAGAUGGCUCUCCUUCAAAUGAAUUAGUUUCUGGAGGAUCAGAUAAUCAAGUGAUUCACUGGGAAAUAGAGAAUAACCAGCUUUUAAAAGCGGUUCCUCUCUACGGCCAUGAAGGACCUGUUUACGCAGUGCAUGCUGUCUACCAGAGAAGGGUAUCGGACGCUGCAUUGCGUACGCUGAUGGUUUCUGCAGCUUCAGAUUCCACUGUUCGAGUCUGGUCUAAAGAGGGUUCAGCAGUAACCUGCCUUCAGACCUUGAGCUUUGGAGAUGGAUUCACUCUGGCUCUCUGCUUAUCUUUUUUGCCUAAUACUGAUGUACCGAUAUUAGCAUGUGGCAAUGAUGACUGCAAAAUCCACUUAUUUGUUCAAGAGAAUGAUCAGUUUCAGAAAGUGCUUUUUCUCGGUGGACAUGAGGAUUGGAUAAGAGGCGUGGAAUGGGCAGCCUUUGGUAAAGAUCUUUUCCUAGCAACCUGUUCACAAGAUUGCCUGAUACGAGUAUGGAGGAUGUAUUUAAAAUCAACAUCAUUAGAAACUCAGGAUGAUGAUAAUAUAAGACUGAAGGAAAAUACUUUCACUGUAGAAAAUGAAAGUAUUAAAAUGGAGUUUGCGGUUACUCUGGAGACAGUGCUGGCUGGUCACGAAAGCUGGGUGAAUGCAGUUCAUUGGCAGCCUUCAUUUUACAAAGAUGGUGUUUUGCAGCAGCCAAUGAGAUUAUUGUCUGCCUCAAUGGAUAAAAGCAUGAUUCUCUGGGCUCCAGAUGAAGAGUCAGGAGUUUGGCUAGAACAGGUUCGAGUAGGGGAAGUCGGUGGAAAUACUCUGGGAUUUUACGAUUGCCAAUUCAAUGAAGAUGGCUCUCUGAUCAUCGCUCAUGCUUUCCAUGGAGCAUUGCACCUAUGGAAACAGAAUGCAGCUAACCCAAGAGAGUGGACUCCAGAGAUUGUCAUUUCAGGACACUUUGAUGGUGUCCAGGAUCUAAUGUGGGAUCCCGAAGGAGAAUUUAUCAUCACUGUUGGUACUGACCAGACAACUCGACUUUUUGCUCCAUGGAAUAGAAAAGAUCAAUCACAGGUGACUUGGCAUGAAAUUGCCCGGCCUCAGAUACAUGGAUAUGACCUGAAAUGUUUGGCAAUGAUUGAUCGGUUUCAGUUUGUAUCUGGAGCAGAUGAAAAAGUCCUUCGAGUAUUUUCUGCACCUCGGAAUUUUGUGGAAAAUUUUUGUGCCAUUACAGGCCAAUCAUUGAAUCAUGUACUUUGUAAUCAAGACGGUGAUCUUCCAGAAGGCGCUACUGUCCCUGCUUUGGGAUUAUCAAAUAAAGCUGUCUUUCAAGGAGAUAUAGCUCCUCAGCCCUCUGAGGAAGAAGAGCUGUUAACUAGGGCAGGUUUUGAGACUCAUCAGAUGGCCUUUCAACCCACCCUACUUUCUGAACCUCCCACUGAGGAUCAGCUUUUGCAGAAUACAUUGUGGCCUGAAGUUCAAAAACUAUAUGGACAUGGUUACGAGUUAUUUAGUGUUGCUUGUAACAAUUCAAAGACUCUGCUUGCCUCAGCUUGUAAGGCAGCUAAGAAAGAGCAUGCAGCCAUCAUUCUUUGGAACACCUCAUCUUGGAAACAGGUGCAGAAUCUGAUUUUCCACAGCCUGACUGUCACACAGAUGGCCUUCUCACCUAAUGACAAGUUCUUACUAGCUGUUUCCAGAGAUCGGACCUGGUCACUGUGGCGAAGGCAGGACACAAUCUCCCCUGAGUUAGACCCAAUUUUUAGUCUCUUUGCCUUCACCAACAAAGUCACUGCUGUGCAUAGUAGAAUUAUUUGGUCUUGUGAUUGGAGUCCUGAUAGCAAGUUUUUCUUCACUGGAAGCCGAGACAAAAAGGUGGUUGUCUGGGGUGAGUGCGACUCCAGCGAUGAUGCCAUUGAGCACAGCGUCGGCCCCUGCUCCUCCGUCCUGGACGUGGGUGGGUCUGUGACGGCCGUCAGCGUCUGCCCGGUGCUCAACCUGUCCCAGCGGUACAUUGUUGCAAUAGGGUUAGAGUGUGGAAGGAUUUGUUUAUACACCUGGAAAAAGACUAAUCAAUUUCCUGAAGUAAAUGACUGGGCCCCCUGUGUUGAAACAAGCCAAAGUCAAAGCCAUACACUUGCUAUCAAAAAAUUAUGCUGGAAGAAUUGUAAUGGAAAAACUGAGCAGAAGGAAGCAGAAGGCCCUGAGUGGUUACAUUUUGCAAGUUGUGGUGAAGAUCAUACUGUGAAGAUAUACAAAGUAAACAGAAGUGUACUGUAA